GGACGAUUCAUCCACCCAGUGUCAAGCACACCACGUUGUCAAUUCUAUUGGAAAUUGCAUAGUUCUCUUGAAUGACCCGUUGUAGCUCCUUCCCCCCUGUAAGCUCCAACUCCUUCUUUUUGUCACAAAUUCCGCAGUCCCUGCGUCGUUGCCGUGCCUACACAUUUCAUCAAUAAACUAAGCAUUUCAUUUCCAAGUAUAUAACACUGUAAGCCAUGGGUAGAAAGCACAAGAAGUUCUCGUUCACUCCACGAGGGUUCCCGGCGAAAAUGGAGACCAAAACGGAAGAUAGCGAGGACACAGAUAAGUCCGAAAGUGGGUCAGCUUCCAAUUCAAGUGCAAACUUGGGAGCGUUCAUUGACCAUCGCUUACACGAUGAUUUGGCCAACACUCAUCUGUCACCUGCACGGGCCAGAAGACGUACUCUGUCGGGCCGUAAGGGUAGCAACAGUGUGGCCACACACCAGCAAAACAGUUAUUUUGCCAAUGCAAGAGAUGAUACACCUAUGGGUCAUUCUCCUCAUGGAGAUUCUCCACUUGGUUACCACCAUCAACAUAAUCCAACCAGAAGAGAAAGCCUCCCACUCACCAAUCGCAACUUGAACAAUUUUGUGGCCGCCACUAGUGGCGGGUACUCCAAUGAAGUGUACCCUGUAGAACAUGGCAAUGGUGGGUCAUUGGCGUUGGAUAUGGAUCAAUUUGCUCGUGAACAACGACAAUUAGCCGGGGCUGGCUCACAGCCCUGGGGGAUGUCAGACACCAAUGGUGGUGGCGAUCUGUCGUCAUUGAACUCGAUGGAGUUUGGCGAAUCUAACCCUCUGUCGGAUCAUUCUUCCGAUUCCACGUCUUUAGAUGAUGUUUGCUUCCCAGACUACUACGAGAGUGGCGACGAGGAUGAAGAAGGAGGACAGAAAUGGCCAGAUUUGAAGGUGUUGGAGGAGUUUGUUCGGGAAGAAUUGGAGGAAUUCCAAGAGGAAUUGGAUGCACAACAGGCGGCGUUUGCGGAAGCGGCACGUCAUGCCAUGCAAAGUGGCACUGCUGCCACCUCAGGGAGCACCUCUCCAACAUCUUUCCCAGCACAUGUCUCGUUCCCACCGGUAUCGACAGAAGAUCCUGUCCUGCCCACAUACGACGAGUCCUUUGAAGACACGCCACUUUUGGUCAACAAGAAGAUCAAUGAGGUGGAGUCCAUGAAUCUGAGACUGCACUCGUUCCGUGUACGCCCACCACAAAUCCAACCGUGGGACAAGUCAAAGGAGAUGAUCACCACCAUUUUGAACAAUCCUCGCCACCCAACAGACGCCAAUAAAAAGAGUGGCGGUGGGAAGCUGCUGCUGGCGGAUCCCAACGUGUGCCGGUACACGUACUUUAGAGAAGAUUUGGAUAAAACGAUCCAUUCUGCCAACAUCAGUGGGCUUUUGCACAGCUCAAGCAAAAUCAAAGAAGGUUCCCCCGGCGCUGGUGCGGAAAACGCAGAUAUCACCGUGGAGGAUUUGUUUUCACCCAUGUACUAUUCCCACAAGGGCCAUCAUCAUCAUCAUCAUCACCAGCAUCAUUCGUCGGUGCCCUCCAAGAUGGCGUCCUCUGCAUCUUCCGUCAAGAUUCCAGAGAGUGAACUUGCUCCCAUGACUCCUAUGGACACCGGGAGCAAGCAAGACGAAGAGGGCGAGAAGUUGAGCAGUCAAACAUCUCCAGAAUCUGUUCCAGCAGCAGCAGCAGCAGCAGCAGCACCAACAGCAACUACUCCGGCUGGUGGAUCUACUAGAGGAUCUGUUUCCGCAGCUAAUGCAGCCACAGCAGCAGCAGCAGCCUCGGGAUCAUCUUCAACAACCCCGGAAGCUGCGAUCAACCCCUUCUGGUUGGACGUCUUGGACCCCACAGAAGAAGAAAUGAAGGUAAUUUCCAAAACAUUUGGUAUCCAUCCAUUAACCACAGAAGACAUCUUUCUUGGAGAAGCACGGGAAAAGGUCGAACUUUUCAAAUCGUACUAUUUCAUCUGUUUCACGUCCUUUGACGUCAUCCAUGAACGAAGAAAGCAACGGGCCAAGGAGAAUGACAAGAAGUUGAACAAGUUGCAAGAAAUGUAUGACAACACCAGCAACUCGAGCUUGUUUGGUAGUCAGGAACGGAAAAGAGGUAUCUGGAAGAAAUUUACCAGCAUGUUGGGGUAUCUGAGUGGCGGUGGAAGUGGCAGUGGCGGAGGAGGAGGUGGCAGUGGAGGCAGUCAUUUCCAUCUGAACUCACAUCGUAGUAAGUCUCAUGGAUCCAGUUCGAUCAAGUCCAGAACUAACAAGAAGAUCAGAGAUGGGGAAUUACUGCCUUUGAACAUGUACAUGAUUGUGUUUAAAGAUGCGGUGAUUACGUUCCACUUCUCAGCCACUCCCCACCCCAUUAACGUGAGAAGAAGAGCUCGGUUGUUGAGAGACUUUUUGACCGUUAGUUCCGAUUGGAUCUGUUAUGCCUUGAUCGAUGAUAUCACCGAUUCGUUUGCCCCAAUGAUUGAAAGUCUUGAAGUUGAAGUGAAUUCCAUAGAAGAUGCCAUUUUGAAGAUGCAUUCUGGAGACACCGACAGUGACGACGAGACGGAUGAUAGUGACGACGAUGGAAACACCGAGAGUGAGUACCAUCACCGGAAACAACCAGCGGGAGGAAAUACCCCGCAAGAAGUGUUCUUCAAGCUCAAAAGAACCAAAUCCACCGUCGAAGGAGGCGAUUACUUCAAACGUGGGUUGCUUGGAGGCGCUAGUGGCGGGCUAGCUAGUCGUAGAAUCUCGGCAAGAUCGGGAAGCAAGUCAAGCAAAAGCUCACUGAGUCGCUCGGGUUCGUUCAAGAUCAUUGGAUGGAAACGGAAGGGUGACAUGUUGAGAAGAAUUGGAGAAUGUCGUAAACGUGUCAUGAGUGUGUUGCGACUCUUGGGUUCGAAGGCUGAUGUGAUCAAGGGGUUCAGUAAAAGAUUUAACGAGACUGGUAACCGGACCGAGAAGCUGCAAGAGAUUGGGAUGUACUUGGGGGACAUCCAAGAUCAUAUCGUGACAAUGGUACAAUCGCUCAACCAUUACGAGAAGCUCUUGGCCAGAUUCCACUCCAAUUACUUGGCCCAGAUCAAUAUUGACAUGACCAAGGUGAACAAUGACACCAAUGACGUUUUGGGGAAGAUCACCAUUCUUGGUACCAUUGUGUUGCCCAUCAAUGUUGUCACGGGUCUCUGGGGUAUGAACUGUAUUGUUCCUGGCCAGGAUGUGCCCGGAUUGACAUGGUUCUAUUCCAUUGUCGGAGCCAUGAUCUUGUUCAGUCUUGUUGCCUACAAUUUUGCCAAGAGAGUCACGGGAUUAUAAGAAAGUAGAGAGAUGUAUAUAUGUAUAAAUAUAGAUGUUGAU